AUGAAAUUCAAGCUGCUCUCGUCGCAACUUGUGUUGUGCACGUUCUUGCCUCCAAAAGACAUGAGGCGUCCAAAUGUAGAGUGUGGCAAAUUCUCGGCACCUCUGUGCUACUCUGACGUUUGUACAGCGCCCGAAAGUGUCAAUAAGACUAUUAAAGUUUUCGUCAAACGAUUUCCUGCCAGUGAUCCCGAGACUGCCACUAAUAUAUGGAUUUCGGGAAGGAACUUUCAAACUAUGGAACAUAUUGCGUACAUGCUACAUUACGAACUAAAUGAAACUGUAAACGUCUACCUGAUGGAUGCUCGUGGAAGCGGGAAGAGUACAGUUUUUGAUUGUGGGAUGACAACAAACGAUCCAAGUUUUGAUUAUUCGAUAGACCCUGCCCAAGUUGAGUCAUGUGCCUUUGAUCUAGAAUCCAAGUUUGGAGAUCCUGCGGCAUUUUCGCCAACGAGUGCGGCACACGACCUUUUUAACUUGAUCUCCAAGCUUUCAAAUGGCGCCAACACUUUUGUGUAUGAUACUGGUUAUUUUACAUCGGACCCUAGUGACAAGAGCUUCGAGAUGUUGUACAACCUCAUCGUGUUCUCGGAGUUGUGGGAAAGACCGACACCUUCGAUGGCAGAAUUGAGAAAGCGCUUUACGGACUCUGUAGCGGGUGGGGGCAUAUAUACUGGUGUUCCUGCAUAUUGUGCAUUUUCAAAAGAGCAAUCGAAGGUGUGCGAUAAGUACAAUUUUGGCAAGUAUGAAGCUCGUGAAAUCAUUUAUAAGCGCGACCGAUACUGGAAUGCGAGUAUCACAAUUCCUAGUCAGGCCAGCGUUCUAGUGCUGAGCAGCAAAAUGGAUAUAUCAGCACCAUACAAGUACACCAAACGCCUAUUCGAAUCCCUCACUGGCACAAAUAAGGAGCUGAUCACCUUUGAAACUGGUAGUGGUGCAACACUCUUUAGUACACACCCUCAACUGAGAUUUCAAUCGGCGGACACAUGUGGAUUGAAAAUAAUUGCAUCGUACAUCUUCAUGGGUGGUGUCUUAGACAAAUUGGAUAAGUCGUGUAUGGACGAGAUGCCAACAUUCGAGAUGAUCCCAAGCGACUUCAAUGAAGCCAAUUUCACGAACAAACUUAAUUAA